AAGAAGAUGUGGAAAAGCGCAUGCGCCAAAGUGUAAGGGGGUUUUGCGGCGCACAUCCACGCUGCAGUCGGCUAGUUUGUGUGGGGAGGCGACAGCAGCAGGUGAGACAAGAAGAGAGAGGAGGGAUAGAAAAACGGUGCGAAACGGGAAUAGUCGCCGAUACUUGUCUUCCAACACAGACGCACAACACACGGCGUGGACGCAGCAGAGGCAACACGACGCACGCCGGGUGGACAAAAAAGUUUGGGGAUCCUGGUCUACUCUCUGCAACUGUGCUGUGAUUUUAUCCACUGGAUACUGCAAAAGGAGUUGACACAAGCGGUUUUUGUUGUUGUCUUCGCACAGAAUGGAAAGGAAUUUGACAAGUCGUUUGUGGCGAGGAUCACGGUGUGGAUUUUUCCGCAGUGACAAAAGGGGAUUCUAAAGUCACCUGGACUGGUGUGCCCAGGGAAUACUGAUUGGAGUCUGUUCGACUAGUAACGGGCUGUUUUCCGCACGAUCUUCAGUAUGAACCUGGGACUGAAGUGCUUGUGUCGGCCGCUUUGCUGGCCUUUCGGCUCCGCGACGCUGGACUCCAGACACUGUGUGUUCGCUCUCACUAUCCUCACACUCCUCAUGCAGGUGGUGGUGGAGGCCAACUCAUGGUGGUCUUUAGCCAUGAAUCCACUGCUAAUUCCUGAGGCCUACAUCAUCGGAGCUCAGCCUCUGUGCAGCCAGCUGGUGGGCCUGUCUCAGGGCCAGAAGAAACUCUGCCAGCUCUACCAGGACCACAUGCAGUACAUUGGAGAAGGCGCCAAGACGGGCAUCCGGGAGUGCCAAUACCAGUUCAGACACCGACGCUGGAACUGUAGCACUGUGGACAACUCCUCUGUGUUUGGACGCGUUAUGCAUAUAGCCAGCAGAGAGACGGCCUUCACCUACGCCAUCAGUGCGGCGGGUGUGGUAAACGCGGUGAGCCGAGCCUGCAGAGAGGGGGAACUGUCGAGCUGUGGGUGCAGUCGAGCAGCGCGCCCCAAAGACCUGCCCCGGGACUGGCUGUGGGGUGGCUGUGGAGACAACCUCAACUACGGAUACAGGUUCUCCAAGGAGUUUGUGGAUGCUCGCGAGAGGGAGAAGAGCUAUCCCAAAGGCUCAUACGACAGUGCGCGACAGUUGAUGAAUCUUCACAAUAAUGAAGCUGGAAGACGGACUGUGUCCGACCUGGCCCACGUCUCAUGUAAAUGCCAUGGUGUCUCGGGCUCGUGCAGUCUGAAGACCUGCUGGCUGCAGCUGGCCGACUUCAGGAAGGUGGGAGAUGCUCUGAAGGAGAAGUACGACAGCGCCGCCGCCAUGAAGCUCAACACGCGUGGAAAACUGGUCCAGCUCAACAGCAAGUUCAACGCCCCGACCAGCCACGAUCUGGUGUACCUGGAGUCCAGCCCGGACUACUGCCUGAAGAACCAGAGCACUGGCUCUCUGGGCACUGUGGGACGCCUGUGCAACAAGACCUCCGAGGGCAUGGACGGCUGCGAGCUCAUGUGCUGUGGCCGGGGCUAUGACCAGUACAAGGCGCAGAUAGUGGAGCGCUGUCACUGUAAGUUCCACUGGUGUUGCUACGUCAAGUGCAAGCGCUGCACCAAAAUCGUGGACCAGUUUGUCUGCAAGUAACAGACGGAGCGCAUGUUCUGUGGUCAGACCAGUGUGAGGAGCAAAGAAGUGGAAAGAAUGAAAGAAAGAAACUAUAUAAAUUAUAUUUAUAGAGUUAAACAAUUAUGCCUUUGCAAAAAGACUUGACUUUUUUUUUUUUUUUUUUUUGACAACAAAUCAGAAACUGAGAAAUAUUUAUUUUGAGAUUUUAUUUUGGCCCAGACGUCAACAGCCAGUUUUAUACCCACAAAGUGCCUGAAAAACUGUUGGAAAAGCUCUCUGCCCAGCUUCCCUCAAGCUUUUUUAAAUUUGGAUAUUCAAAUGGACUGAAUUGGACUCCCUUCUCCAAAUGUUGUAGAAUAGUUGAGUUUGGGGCUUGUUCUUAAAGAAUGACUGAAGAGGAUGCCUGUGCGUAUGGAUGUUUUGUUCACUGGCCCAGUCCUAGACAAUUACAUACUCACCUCAUGACCUUACUGCAUUUCAAGUAAGUAACACUGGUGGUCCACAUGAGUUCUUUGGAGUACACGGGGUACUACGCAGAGGGCUAAGAUUGGGGAUUGGGCCAUUUUAUUAAGCUGUACAAAUGCCUUAAAGUUCCCCGGGUGCUGCAACAAUCCCUCAACCGAUAUGCACUUUUAGACAGAAGCUAAUACCUGUCUGUAUGUGUUAACCAAGAGUAAUAUUAUAUUUGUUAUUGCAUACAUUCUUUUCCAUAUUAACACCAAAUAUCCAUCUAACAUUAUUUUACAAUACGUAAAUGGUUUCAAGUAUAUAUGGGCAAUGUUGUAGUGGUGACUUAAUCCAUUCUCUGUGUAUAUAGUAUGUCUAUCCAGCCAAUCAGUAAAAUGUAUUUAUUUUUUUAACCAGACUUCAACUUCAAGCCACCAUCUCCAUGAUACUGUUUGUUGGCGUUUUCUUCUUCUCUUGUUUUGAAAGUCACUUUGUAUGUUGUUCUUGCGGCUCUUUCACUGUCUUUGUAAAGGGAAAUGCACCUUAUUGCUAUCAAAACACAUAAUCUUUCUGUUCACUUUUCAUGUUGGUUCAGUCAAGAAAAAAAAAGGCGUGUAUCUGUGAUUUUAAUGUGUGCACCGAUGUUUUAAGUUCAAUACCACUUCUAUUUGCUCACUGUCCCUGUGGUGGUCCUCCAUAGACAACGGCAUUAUGUUUUACCCAUCCAACCAAGUGUAUUUAUAAGCUUCUCCAUGGAGUUGAGGUUUGAAAAUGUGUUAAUAUAGCUGAUAUUUUGUUACUUUUUACAAAUUGGCUCGAUGCUCUACUUUAUUUCAAUAAAUAUCCAUAUAAA